AUGCGAAGAGGAUCGCGGCUCUUUUCCACAAAAGCGUCUAUCCCGCAUUUGACGUUGUUUACUGGCACGCAUUGCUCGCUGUGUGACGAUAUGAAAGAGGUGCUGGAGGCAGAGACGACGCCCUUUACGUUGGCCAUGUACAAUAUUCGGGACGAUACAUCGCCCAAUGUCGAGUACUGGCGUCGCAAGUACCAGUAUGAUAUCCCUGUGUUGCACCUUCGGUGGGGCGAGCCGACACAGGAGGACGAUUACGGGCCAGAAAUCGCACGUCAUCGCCUUGAUCCUGCGCAGCUCGCAGCAGCGCUGCAACGAAAGUGA